CACAUUGAUAAACCGGUUCAGUUCACAUAUGAACAGCCUGUUGAAUGUUACGUUAAACGUACGGCUACCUAAUUUCUAAGAAACAAAUUGCUGUUUUUUUUGUAAUAAUGGAAAAAAAAACUGACCGUGACAGUGAAGUUCAAAAGUGGUUAAAAGUUGCUCUAGCAGAAGAAAAUCUUGAAAGUUUUUCAGUAAAGAUAACUGGAAGUUCUGAAAAAGGUGAUGGAUAUGUAGGAGACGUAAUUUUCGUUGUUGUCACAGGAAUUGACAAACAAGGCAAGAAUAAAGAAUACGAUCUUGUUUUAAAAUGCAGCAAACCUAGUGCUGCUUUGAUGGAAACCGUACCUGUUUUUAGGAAAGCAUUUGUAAGAGAAGCUUACUUGUAUCAGCAUGUUUUUCCACUUUUCAAACAAUUUCAAAUUAGCAAAGGCAUUGAAAAGCCCUUUGAUAGCGUGCCGAAAUGUUAUGGUGUUUAUAGCGAUGAUUUCAGACAUAUUAUCGUGUUAGAAAAUUUGAAGAAACUAGGGUAUGACUUGUGGCCAAAAGCGAAACCACUAACAAGGGAGGUUAUAGAUAUGGUAAUAAAAGAUUACGCAAAAUUUCAUGCGACGUCAGUGGCUCUCGAAGAGCAGCAUCCUGAAAAAUUUCAAAGAUUGCUUGAGGAUUCAGCUGAAGAUUUAGUAAAAGAAUUUAUUGAAACAAUUGGCUUUGCAAAAAUGUUUCAAGGUGCGGUGGAAGAGGUAUCUGAACUGCUAACUGAAGAUGUUAAAAAGGACAUUUUAGAACAAUGGUUAAAGCUCAAAGAUAAAGUUUAUUUCAUUUUAGUUGAAAUGACAUCAGCUAUUGACGACUUAAAAGUAAUAAACCAUGGAGACUCUUGGGUGAACAAUUUUUUGUACAAAUUUGAAAAUGAAGAGAAAACGACCGUUUCCAGGGUGGCUAUACUCGAUUGGCAAGUUUCCAAAUUCACGUCACCUGUGACUGACCUGUCAUACUUUUUGUUCGCUGGCAUAUCGAAAGAAGACAUUGCUGACAUCGACACGAUUUUAAAAGACUAUUACAGACACUUUUGCGAGUAUUUAAGAAGGCUAGGUAGCAAGUUUGCAGAUACAUAUACUGUAGAGAAUUUUUUUGACGGAUGGAAAAAGUAUGGUAAAUAUGGUUUGGUGAUGUGCAUUAUGCCCAUCAAAUCUUUAUAUUCGGAGAAGAAAGAUCUUCCGGACAUAGCUGAAGCUGCCGAUCGAGGAUUAAAUGUUGGCGAAUCGUUUAAAUUUGAACUCAGUGAUAAAAAUGGCUUCAAAAACAGGUUGAGACCAAUUGUCGAGUAUGCUGUCAGAAAUAGUCUAAUUUAAUAAAAUGUUAAGACUUA